GACCGUUGUCUGUUUAUGUUUCGGGGGUUUGUUCGGGGAGAUAUCGUCCAAUCGAGCGGAAAAUUGGCUCUGCUGGAUGCAUUUUUCAUUGAAAACAUGGCCAGACGGAAAGUUGUUUACGGUGCUACAGUCACUUUUGGAACUGAGUGAAUCGGUGACGUCGGAUCAAUCAUACAGAUGGCAAAAGUGACCUAUGAACAUUUUGAGUAAAGGAAAUUGUAUCCGGUUUUGGUUACCAUCAUUUGGAAUUGGGAAAUAGAAAAGGUUUAUUGCGUCAGUCGUAUUUGCCGAAAACCACAAGUAGUGACCACCACUUGGGACUUGUUCUUAUGUUGCCGAAAACGUAAACACACCCCCAUGGUAGCAUGUGUGCGUGCGGAACAUUAUGCUAUGAGUUCCUUCGCAUAGGUUUCCCAGCACAGACAGAAGCAUAGAUUCUCCAUUGCUUGAGCGCGGUCAUAAAUUUUCGGCGCUCCUCACGAGCUUCGAUAUUGACGUGUGGUUCCGAAGCACAUUGUUGCGUCGCAGACAGGGUCGUGUGUGACCGUGAAACCAGGUGAAUAUGUGCGUGCGUGCGGCAUAAAUAGAACAAAACGUGCGGGAAAAUAUAUUGCAGUGAAACGUAAAGUGAACGUGUGGCGGGAGUGAUUUAGCUAAUUUCCGUCCGAGAAAGGCGGAAGUUAUAAGAAAUUCUGAUAUUCCGACCCAACCAUGACGGCCAACGACAAUGAUCAGCUGGCUGAAAAGGAUGCCGGCGGCGCUGGGGGUGGUGAAAAAGUCGUGCUGAAGCGCAAGAUAACGCUAAUCAAUGGGAUUACAAUCAUUGUCGGUACCAUCAUAGGAUCCGGCAUUUUCGUUUCACCCGCUGGAGUUUUUCUGUAUACGAAAUCCGUCGGCUCCUCGCUGAUCAUUUGGAUGCUAAGCGGCAUCCUGUCGACGCUGGGUGCGCUAUGCUAUGCCGAGCUCGGCACCUGUAUCACCCGCUCCGGAGGCGACUAUGCGUAUCUACUUGUUGCGUUCGGGCCACUUGUUGGCUUCCUGCGGCUCUGGAUGGCCCUGCUCAUCAUUCGACCUACCACCCAGGCCAUCGUUGCGCUGACCUUCGCCCAGUAUGCCGUGAAACCGUUUUUCCCCGAAUGCGACCCACCGGCGAACGCAGUGCGACUACUCGCGGCCGGCUGUCUCUGCUUCCUGACGGCGGUCAACUGCAUCUCUACCAAGUGGGCUAUGAAGAUUCAGGAUGUGUUCACGCUGGCCAAACUGACGGCGCUGAUUUCGAUCAUCCUGGCGGGAGUUUGGUUCAUCGCCACUGAAAAGUCGGACAAUUUCGAUAACGCAUGGGAAGGGGACUACGCGCUUUCGAGCCUGGCGUACGCUUUUUACUCGGGACUGUUCGCCUUCGGAGGGUGGAAUUAUUUGAACUUUGUUACCGAAGAGCUGGAGAACCCAUACAAAAAUCUUCCUCGCGCCAUUUGGAUCGCUAUGCCGCUGGUCACCGCCAUCUACGUGUUCGUUAACUUGGCCUACUUUGCCGUAGUUCCGCGGCACGACAUGCUGGCAUCGAUCGCCGUUGCGGUGAACUUCGGUAACCGUAUGUUUGGCUCCGUCGCUUGGUUGAUUCCCAUAUUCGUUGCGCUUAGUUGUUUCGGAGGGGUCAACGGUAUUUUAUUCACAUCGGCACGACUGUUCUCCACCGGAGCCCAGGAAGGACAUCUACCGGCUUGGUUUUCAUUGGUACACGUGAACCGACAAACUCCGAUACCAGCGCUGAUUUUUACGUGCGCAACAUCGAUCAUCAUGCUGAUGUCUGCCAAUGUCGUCUUGUUAAUUAAUUACUUUAGUCAGAUUCUUUGGCUCUCCGUGGCGGCCUGCGUAGCAGGACUUCUCUGGCUUCGAGUAGCCAAACCAAACAUGCCCCGGCCAAUUCGGGUGAACCUGGCGGUCCCAAUCAUCUUCCUGGUCUGCUGUCUAGUGCUAGUGCUGCUGCCAUCGUUCAGCGAACCGCUGAACCUUAUCAUCGGCCUCGCAAUCACUCUAUCCGGUGUUCCCGUGUACUACAUUUGCGUGGUGUGGAGCAGAGGAGGCAAACGCAGCCGAAACUUCCUGAUGGCAUGGAUCGAACGCGGCUGCCAGAUUCUGUUCAACGCGGCUUUCGUAGAUUGCCAUCACGAUCGGAAGAGCGAGCGGGAGAUGUCCGACAUGCAGACCAGUAUCGUUGACGAGAAGAACGUUUUCGAUUAGAGCGAGUUGUAGUGCGAUUCGAGCCGGUGCAUUUUUUGUUGCUCUGGUUGUAUUGAUUUCCCGUCGAGAACUGGUGUAGCAUUUAUAUGAAUGUUUUUGCGCUGUAAACUCGAGGGAAAUUUAAACGAACACAUUUGCUUACAUUUUUUGCGUAGCAUAGAUGGGACGUUUUCGUCUGGAGAUUUUUUUUGUAUAUUUUUGUUAUGCAGAGAAGCAAUCACAGGAGUACUUUAAGAUAAAAAAUACUGAUACGAGAUCUGAUCAUAAACUUAUUCUUAAAUAAAGAGCGUAUUCAAGCUCGUUGCAUUUGAUGAAUCAUAGCUGUACUCAGAUUUACAAAUAUCAGUGUACUUAAGAUAAAAAUAUCAGAAUGAAUAUACAAUGUCUUCUGCACUACAGGCCAAAAUAAUGUAUGUCAUAUAUGAAUAAAGAGAUACAGGUGAAAAUUACUCACUCAAAGAAAUUAUGAGAAAAAUGUUACAAAAAUGAAAAUUACGAUCUCAUUAUACCAGUACGGAUUGCCGGACGAGCUCUGCAAACAUGGGAGAGGACCACUCGUUAGGUUAUUUCCUGGGAUAUUUCAAAGAUCUGAGAGGAGGCUGGAAUGAUGCAACUAUCGUAUCAUCACUCUUAUCAACACGCGGUUGUGUCACGAGCGACCGCAUUUUCGACGUAGAACUACGAAAUUAUAUUGUGCAAUCCACUUGUUUUUCACUUCGGAUAUUAUUUUAGAAUGCAUCAAAAUUUUUGAAAAAAACUUUCACCGUUGUUUAGGUGCGCACCAUGUGCAUUCUGUGUAUUAGUAUAGGAGUCAGCCUUAACCUCAUAUAUAUAGCGAAUUAGUUUUUGAACCUGGGCUAGUUCCAAACUGAUAGUGAAUUCAUUUUUAAAACUGACCCAAACUGACUCUGUAAUAAAAAACGUUUUCAGUUUCACGAAUGCGGCGGUUUGUUGGUGUGCGUUAUAUAGCCUGAUUUGUGUAUAUUUGCGAUGAAAAAUGUACAGUGGCGACAUUAGUGGUUGGGAGGUAAAUUAUUCUCUAUCAGAUCAGAAGGGCCAAGAGCAGUGUAAAAAUAUAAAAGUUUGAAUGAAAAUUUCUA